AUGGGAGGCAAAGACACUAAAAGGAGCUCAUCCUUGGGUAGGCUGAAUGUUAAGAGCCCAUCGCCACACCCUGAAGCAGUGACAAAGGAAGAUAUACCAGCUCAUCGGCCUCAGACCAUUCCACUGGAGGGUAGUUUAAUCAGUCGCCUUCUUGCUCCCACACAGUCUUCUCUAGCUAGGAGUAAGAGUUCUGCUGUCUUGUCAGCUGAUGGAAAAGAUUCACCAGAAUCUCACCUCUGUCCUCGUUCAGCUUCAGCAACUGCUAUCAGUACCCCACCCUCCGCCUCUAAAGGUCCCAUACGCAGUCGGAGCAUUGACCGAAUGAAAUCACCUGUUGCCUCUGGUACUAGCUCUUCAGAUUCAAUCCAGGCUUCAGAGAUAGAAAAACGUGAUAUGACUGCACGUAGAAGAUCUCCUUCUCCUCUUAACAUAUCAAAGCGACCUCCUUCACCAACAACUGAAAAUAAAAGGACACAAAAGGUCCGCUCACCAUCUCCAAGCCUUUCAAAAACCAGGCUUUCUUCUCCUUCUGCCACCCAAAAGCCUGUUCCUAUUCAGCGACCACCACUUACAGCAAAUGUCUUAAAUGUUACCAAAAAGAAUGCAGGGUCAGAAUUACAGCCAAAGGAGAAAGCAGAGGAAUGUGUAAGCUCAGAGUCCAAAUCGUCACCAGUAUCAGAAAAGGAGACACCUUCAGUUGCUACAAAGACCAAAGAGGAAGGAAACUGUAAGACUAUUUCUGGGAGUGCAACUGCUGAAGAAGCUGCAAAAAUUUUGGCUGAGAACCGCCGACUUGCACGAGAGCAAAGAGAGCGUGAAGAACAAGAAAGAAUUCAAAGAGACCAGGAAGAAAAGCUAAAACAAGAAGAGAUGGCUCGCAAAGCAGAAGAGGAACGAGCAAAACAAAAAGAAGAGACCCAAAGAUUAGAAGAAAAAAGAAAGCUUGAGGAAGAGGAAGACCAUCGAAAAGCACAGGAGGAGAAAAUCCGCAUAGAGAAAGAAGAACAGGAGAGACAGGCCGAACUUCAGCAUCAGAAAGAGGAAGCAGAAGCCAAAGCACUUGAGGAAGCCGAGAAGCAAAGACAAGAACGAGAGAAAAUUAUGCAUCAAAACAUGCAGGAAAGACUUGAAAGGAAACGGAGUUCAAGACCCCAUGGGGGUUUGGCAGUGAUUGCAUCAACUCUGGUGCAAUUUCAUUUCCAGAAAGAGUAA